AUGGCUGAUAAUUACGAAGCUAGAACUAGCUCGCAUUAUGAUAAUAAUGCUACUGAAUUUGAUGAUUAUUUUAAUGAAUUCGAUACUGGAAUUGGGUUGGGUCCAGAUGAUGAAGAUGAUUUUUUAGAUAUUUAUAAUUUGUCUCCUAGACAAAGAGUUGUAUACCAAUUUAGGAGAACUGUCAACCAAUUUUUAUCACAAUACUAUGCUUUGGAACCUUGGCAAAGAAUAUUGCUUGCAAUUGGUGGUGGUCUGAUCGGUAUAUUAGCCCUACUGAUGCUGAUUUUCCAUAAUAAGAUUUUACAUAAAUUAGUGGAAAUGUCAAAUGAUUUAAAGGAAAAAUGGAGUACUCCUAUAGUAUUGGUAACUUUAAUCUUCUUUGUUGCAUUUCCACCAAUGAUUGGAUUCUCUUUGUUGUCUACUACAACAGGUCUAAUAUAUGGUAUCAGCUUUAAAGGAUGGGUGAUAUUGGCAAUUGGUGCAGUAACAGGUUCAAUUUGUUCUUUUGCACUAUUCAAGACAAUUCUACACUCAAGGGCUGAAAAAUUAAUUCAAAUGAAUAGACGAUUUGCUGCAUUUGCAUCUAUUUUGCAAGAAAAUAACAGUUAUUGGAUAUUGGCGUUGUUAAGAUUAUGUCCGUUCCCUUAUUCCUUGACAAAUGGUGCUGUAGGUGCUGUUUACGGUGUAUCAAUUAAAAAUUUUGCAAUUGGUAACAUUAUUACAACUCCAAAAUUACUUAUUUAUCUAUUUAUUGGUUCUAGAAUUAAAAACAUGGGUGAAACUGAAUCUUCGGCUUCGAAAAUUUUUGAUUUGGUAAGUAUUCUAUUAACUGUUUUAGCCUUAGGUCUCACCGCCUGGGUUCUAUAUUUUAAAACUCAAAAAAGAUAUCAACAGUUACAGGACCAAAGUACCAUAAAUACAUCUAAUGACUUAGAUAUAGACCAAAAUUUUGAAAUUUAA